AUGGCGAGAAAUAUUUUCCCCAUUUGGGCGGCGCCCAUUGCCUCGACCAACUUUAAUGUUGUCACGGCGCUGCUCGGCGGCUUCAUCUCGCUCUUUGGAUUGGUCUCGUACCUGCUCAAGGAGCACUUUUAUCUCUCGGAAGCCCUGAUUGCCAUGCUUGUAGGCGUCGCCUUUGGUCCCCAGGGUGCGCAUUUCAUUCGCCCCCGUGAGUACGCCGGCUGCCCGCAGAACAACCUCUCCGAGACGCAGUGCGAGGCCAACAUUGACGCCAUCACCCUCGACUUUUCCCGGCUGGUCCUCGCCGUCCAGCUGGUCCUCGCCGGCGUCCAGCUCCGCAGCAAGUACAUGUGGCUCGAGGCCAAGUCGGUCCUCCUCCUCGUCGGCCCAGGCAUGGCCAUGAUGUGGAUCGCGACCAGCCUGCUCGUCUGGGGCCUGCUGGGCACGCCAAGCUUUCUCCACGCCCUCGCCGUCGGCGCCUGCGUCACGCCCACCGACCCCGUCCUGUCCGCCGUCAUCGUCAAGGGCAAGUUUGCCGACAAGAACAUCCCCAAGGAGCUGCAGGACCUCAUCGUCGCCGAGUCGGGCACCAACGACGGGCUCGGCUACCCGUGGCUGUUCUUUGCGCUCUACCUGAUCAAGUACAUUGGCGCCGGCGCGGACCCUGCCGACGGCGGCGCGGGCCAGGCCUUUGGCCUCUGGUUCGCGCUGACGUGGGCCUAUGUCAUCCUGAUGAGCAUCGCGUACGGCGCCGUCGUGGGAUUGCUCGCCCAGUAUCUGCUCCACUGGGCAGAGGACCGCGGCUGGGUCGAUCGCGAGAGUUUCCUCGUCUUUGCCAUAUCCCUCGGCCUCUUUGUUCUCGGCACCUGCGGUCUCAUUGGAACGGACGACGUCCUGGCCUGCUUCGUCGCAGGCAAUGCGUUUACCUGGGACGAUUGGUUCCGAGUGGAGACCAAGGACGAUUCGCUCCAGCCCACCGUCGAUAUGCUGCUCAACGUGACCAUAUUCUUGUGGUAUGGUGCCGUCAUUCCCUGGGAUCUCAUUGCCCACAAUGAAUUCACCUCGCUCUCUCGCGUGAUCCCGCUCGGCCUUCUCAUUCUGUUGCUUCGCCGUCUUCCCUGGAUCUACGGCAUGCAUCACUGGAUCCACCAGAUUGACAGCCACCAGAAUGCCAUCUUUGUGGGUUUCUUUGGCCCCGUUGGCGUGUCGGCCAUUUUCUACCUCUACAUCGCCACCGAGUUCAUCGACAGACACCUGAGCGAUGACAACGGUGUUCCGCGAGAAGAUGUCAAGCACCUCCGAGAUACCGUCACUGUUGUGGUCUGGUUCAUGGUCGUAGUCAGCGUCGUCGUUCACGGCCUGUCGAUCCCGCUUGGAAAGCUCGGCUACCUGGCUCCCCGCACGCUCAGCCGCGCUCUGAGUGGCGAUGUGAGCGACUCCUCUCCCAACGGAAUAGCAGCCUUGCCUGGAAUCGGUCGCCUCAUCAAGGAGGACAAUGGCAGCAGACCUGGCCGCAACAGUGGCUUGACGGGCAGCACGUCGAGAAUCCAAUCGGUCAGCCGCGCUCACUCGGCCAGUCGGCCGCACUCUGUGCGCGAGCGCCCAAGGGACAUCGAGUCUGGAUCAUCGCCCAAUCUGCUGCAGGAUGCCGUCACCGAGCCCAAGCCCUCCACGAGGCGCGAGAUUCGCUUCCCAGACGAAGCCGCUGCUUCCUCUUCCUCUUGA